AUGAAGUUUUGGGGUUGGAUGCAUCAUAAGUUCCGGGAGAAUAGCAAAGAGCCAUUCAAAGAUGCUACAACUGGUAACAGCCAGUUCCCACUAUCAGCUCAUCCAUCACUUGAUAGCCAAGAUGUUUACCCCAGAUACAACUCUGGAUUCAGAAAACAGCUUAAUCUGUUCCAGGAAAGCUCCUUCGCAGAGCUCCAGGGAAAUACAGAAGAAAGCUUCAAGGAUGGGAGAAACAGUGAUUUCUUCCAUGGGUUUCUUGCCAUUGGAACCCUUGGUGGAGAGACACCUUUGGAUGAACCAGCCACACCAACAUUUGGCAUGUCAUUUGAGGACCCGGCAACAUAUAACGCAGAAGUGACAGAGAAUGAUUUGAAGCUCAUUAGCAAUGAAUUGGAGAAGUUCCUUGAGGCGGAAGCUAAUGAAGGGCACAACCAACCAUCAGGAAGGAACAGCGACACUAACACUAUUGCAUCCACCAUCGAGGCCGUUGAGGGACUAGAUGCUGAAGAAGAUACUCAGCUGCAGCCAAUGAAGUUCCCGCUCCAAGAGUAUCUUUUUGGCUCUCUAAUCGAAUUCCCGGAAACAAAGAAUGCAGGGAAGAAAGAAAGGGCGUCACUUGGAGAACUGUUUCAAGCAACAGAAAUGCAAGAUAAACCUUCAGAAAACAAACAUGGGGAGAAGAAGAAGCAGACCAGUUCAACACACAAGUCUGCAAAGCAUCUUGUGAAGAAGGUACUGAAAAAGCUACACCCAACCUCAAGGAUCCCUGACAGUGGUAAAACUGAAGUGGCUUCCACAAAGAAGAAGUUCCAAAAGAUGGCACAAGUUUUCCAUAGGAAAGUACAUCCAGAAGAAUCUAUUAUGGAAAGCGAAAUAUACAGCAGCACGACAGAUCCAAAAAACAGCGAAGCAAAUUCUGUUGGGUUAAUGCCUGAGAAGGUGAACCCUUGUCAUGAGACAAGUAAAAGAUGGAUCCAGUAUGAGCUAAGAAGUUCACGUUCAGCUGGAAAUGGAGAACACUGGAUCAAAACAGACGAAGAAUACUUUGUGUUGGAGCUGUAG